GCGAUAAGAUCCGGACCCAGCGGUCCACUUUUAUUUUGGCGACAGUCAUCGUCACUUUGGCUUCCGUUAACUUUUAUCGUCUCCGCAUCCCAUCAAAGCGAGCCUCUGUGCCAGGCACUCCCAUCUCUGCCAAACACAAAUGGAAGGCGACCCCGCUACCAGCGCAGAGCCUGUUCGCUUCCGUGUCGGCAAGAAGCGCAAGGCAUAUCGACAGCGCGUGGAGGAGGACGUUGGCCACGCGGCAGACCAAGGGCCUAGCGACAGUGUGCCCGUGGAAGCACAAGGUGUAGAAACCGAUAAAGGGGACAGGGAAGAGGAUGAAGGCGAUGCUAUUCAAGCAGCACUUAAGCUACGCAAUGCGCGGCGCGGAAGGCUGCAAGGCGUGUCCUUCACGGCAAAUUCACAGAUUGGCGCGCAUGGAGAGCAGUCCCUGGUUGUGCGCCAGCCUGAAGAGCUAGCAAAAGGUAUCCCAGAUAGGUUUACGCACCAGACGGGCUUAGCUAUGGAGCUAAAUGAUAAACACAUGGAACAAUAUAUCGAAUCGCGCCUCUCCAGUCGCACCGCCGGAUCUACGACUGAACAUGUGACGGCCCCUGACGCCGCAUCUUCAAAUACUUCGGGCCUUCAAGCGACAAAUUCAAUAACUGGUGGCCAAACCGCUAGCCGCGGCAAGCUACUCGAAGUGGACUUAUCACAGCAAGACUUUGCCAAGAGGGAGAUCGAUAGAAAACGACUCUUUGGAGGUCAGGAUAGCCCAGAAAAGCCGAAAAGGCGCAACAGAAACCGCCGUGGUAGCGACGAUAUCAAGCGAGACCAGUUGGUUGAAGCAUUUUUAACCGAGAAUAAGCUUGACGUAUAUAAUGUGCCAGCGGCACAGAACAAAACAGGCUCAUCAGCGAGUGGCAAAACCUUGUCAGCAGAUGAUAUUAUGGCGGAGCAGUUCCAGCGCCAAUACAUGGACGAGUUGGCGAUGCGAAAUGCCCGCCGUAGACCGGCCAUCAACCAACCCAAAGGUGCAUCCGCAGCCCAGCAAGCUGCCGAGGAAGUUCUUAAGGGACCCAAGCUCGGUGGUAGUAAAAACAACCGAACAGCUGUCCGAAAUGCGCUUCUCAUGGCGCAGGAAAGAGGAAAACAGAGAUAAAGACCGUGUUUCAUAUUUGCAUCGGCGCUGGGGCGUUUUCAGUUACAAAGUUGUACUGUUCUUACAUAGCAAGUGUUCAAAUGGUGAAGUUCAGCCAAGAAAGCAAAGAAGUCAAUUUCAUCAAAGACGAUCUAUAAUUGAGAAACUCCGGCAGUAACAACACACAUCAUUGAAGUGUACAUGCAAAAUCCCGUUUAUAGCCAAGUCCGAUUGAGGCCACACAGAAAGAAAAAGGAAAGAGAGGAAAGACAGUCACUCAAAAACAAAAAAACGAGUGUACCUGAAUCCGAAAAGAACAAGUAAAAGGCAGCAAGCAUCCAAUCAUGAGCCAUCCAAGGAAAACAGCAAACAUAAACAGAAAGAAGCGAUCCGAACCCAGUCGUAAAAGGAAACCAAGAACAAACAAAUCCCGUUGCAACACCAUUUGCGAGAAUGAACCUCGAGAAAAGCACAGAUAUCCCAAGCCUAAUUAAAAUCAAAGCUACCCGUCCAGAAAAAAACAGCCAAGAAGAGGAAACGAAAACAAGAAGUAAAGGGCGCCAUGGAUAAGCUGGCUGCGAAGAAAAGAAAGUAGCAAAACAAGUCAGCCGAACACUGUAGGGAAUCAAAACAGAAGCAUUUCAAAAGCUGGACCUCAGCAAGAAAAUUGAUUGAGUGAUAGAGAAGAAGGAAGAAGAGCCAAACGGGAAGUAGGCGAUUCGAAAUAAUGUCGGUCCCAAACAUUAAUAUGCGUGAAGGAUGGAUCUAGACCUUCACUCUGAACGAGCCAAGAAGGUAACGAGCGAGGUUGACAGGUUUCAUAUGCAGAAAUCAUUCACCUGAUUUCAAGUUGGAAUGGCUUAAAGCGGCCGCCAAUGGUAGCGCAUCGAGGGCACUUUCGGCGAGCCCCGUGUUCAGCCAUUAGAAUUUCGACGCAAGGAGCGCAAAAUCCGCAGAUACAUUCUGUGCAAGCAUAUGAUCGCUUCAGUAGAGAGACGUUCUGGCAAGCCGCGCAGUAGAUUUGCGUGUUUUGGGAUGAGGAGGUAGGCGAUGAGUCUAGCCCACGGGAACCCAUAUGGAAGUUAUCGCCGCUCUCAACAGAUGGGAACGGCUCUUCUUGUGUAAAGGAGGGUGGUGUGAGUGCUUGUUGUAGGGGAGAUGCCUGAUAGUUUGAUGACUGAAAUUGUUGGCUGCUUGCUAGCGGGGGAGGGCCGCCUUGUAUGGAGACUGGAGAUUGAGGCAUCUAGGGCAACCGCAUUAGCAACUUCGCAUCCAUUGUGUUCUCAUUUUUCAACUUACAGGAGUGCGGUCUUCAAUAUCGCCUGCUGCGGAAGCGGCUUGGUCAGCAGCAUCAAUAAGGUCUUCCCAGCGUUUUCCAAAAUCGGUUGACGGCUCCAUAGAAAGAGCCUUGCGAUCCAUACCAGGUCUCAUAAUAUCCUCAUCCUGAAUACGGCGAAACCAGUCAUUACGGUGCAGGCUGCUCUUCUUUUUGUGGUAAGAUUCCUUGCUGCGCUUCGUCACAGAGUGUUUACGCGGUCUGUUAGGGCCGCUUUGGCGAUGAAUGGGGGGAAGGGUUGACGACCUUUCAGGCGGGGAGGUAGACAUGAGAGAAGGUAAAAUAUCCCUGCGUUGGCCAGAGAAUGGAUCACUAGUAAUGUCGUGGUGGGAAAUCUGAUGAAAUGAAGGAAGCUCAAUCGAGCUUCUAGGCCUAUGUCGACCGUCCACAUCAGAAUGGUAGCCCUAUGCCCUCAAAAUGUCAGUCUUCUAAUUAUGGCAUUGAAAGUGCGAUGAGUGUUGGUAGGAGAGAUAUAGCAGUCACCAUCAAUAUAAUUGGGUGGCAUAUACGUACGUCUGUAUCAUAAUCGCGCUCAGACUUGAUGCCAUGCAACUCGGCCAAAACGGCAGCGGCACUGGCAGUUCCGAGCAUAGAAUUUGGUGUUGCCGAAUAGUCAUCACCACGGUUGGAAGUUACUUGGCGGUCCCGGAAUCCUGCAUAAAAUUAUGGUAAGCCAAAACCGCCAUAAUUCAUAUGUUUAAUAACUGCAACGUACCUUGCGGGGCGGAGGUUGGAGACUGGUCGUUUGGGCGUUCAUGUGGAGGGGUAUUGAUCAUCAGAAGGAAGCUGUCUUCGGUCGCAGGGAGCUUGGGGAUGUAGUGCUCUGGGUGGGCGCGGCGGAUGUGCUCUUGCAUAGAUCGGAAUCGUUUUUCCUAUGAAGCAGGCUCAUGUUAGCAGCUAUGUCUCUUCUGUAUUGGAUGUUGAAAGGUGUUGGGAUCAAAACUGCAUCAGUGACAGCCGAGGUCACGAGCCGGCCAUUGCAGCAUUGACAUAGUGCCAGCUCUUCAUAUUUCAUAGCCAGGUUGAAAGGCAGGCAUAUCUAAAAAGGGAACUUACUCCGACGCAUCGCUUGCGGCAAUUCGAGCCAUCUUGGUUUCGUAGAGGACACACAACUUCAUUGUUGGCGUCGGUGACGGAGAACGUCGAGGUAAGUGACGUUCUGGGCGGCAUCUUUGACCCCACCAUGUGGUGAAGCAACUGGGUAUAUUUGAAAAGUGAGGUACCGCGUUGGUGGGAAGUUAAACUGGUUAUCGGAUAAGAGACUUGAUAUUUUGUGAAGCUGUAAAGGGCUGAAGCAUUUCAAGGUGCUCAGCAAUGAGUGGCGGCGGGCGAGCGGGUAUGGCUCUAUGUGCUUGGGUCCGCAGUGAUGAAGCUAUAGCGGAGCUGGGGAUACAGGUAGCUUGGGGUUGAUACAAGCUGCUGAUAGUAAGCUGGACAGCCCUGAGGAUGAAGGUGGUUAAAAAGCAAAAGAUCGAAAGAAACAAUGAGAGAAGAGUUAAUGGGAAGGACGAAGAAAAGAUGAAGAAAGGAUAAAAAAAAAUCUGGGCUUGAAGCUGUGAGAGAGAAAAAAGUCAAGAGGGC